UUAGACAUGUGUAUUUCUGCAGUCUGUGUGCUUCUGGGAUUACUUUUUUGUGCCCAGUACCGGUGCUCGGCGUGUCCCGGUAGUUGCGAGUGUUUCGCUGUCACGCGUACAGUGAAAUGUAUCUCUAAGGAUCUUCUCACGGUGCCACAAGGUAUCCCAGGAUAUGCAGGGACUGUCAUCAUCACAGGGAAUAAUAUUGACAAGAUUGGACCUCAUUCCUUUGCCGAGCUGGAGAAUGUUUCCAAUGUCAUUUUAAGCAACAAUGGGAUCACAGAAAUGGCUUCCCACAGCUUUUCUGCCCUCAUCAACCUGCGCUUCCUGGAUCUUAGUGGCAACCAGCUGGCACUCAUCCACCCAGAGGCUCUCAGCAUCCCUGGCAGUCCUCUGCAGGAGCUCAACCUGAGCCGCUCACUCUACAACUUCACCGCCCUGACGGACCUCACAACAGCUCUUCGAUGGGGUGGUCUCCGGGGACUUCUCCGUCUGGACCUCUCUGGGAAUCACCUUGGACUUCUUCCACCAGGAAUGUUCUCCCACCUUCCCAAUCUACAGCAGCUCUUCCUUGCCAACAACUCUCUCAUGGCGGUCUACAGCGGAACCUUCUCCGGCAUGAACAACUUGGAGGUGCUUGACAUGACGCACAACGCCUUCAGGACAUUCAGAGAGGAUGAUCUCAAAGAGUUGGAGAAACUUGGGAACAUCCAAAUCCUUCUGGGAAACAACCCUUACUCCUGCUCCUGUGAGAUCCAGAGUUUUGUUACCUGGUUGAAUGAAUCGCGGGCUCAGGUAGAUGUGGAGGCUGUGAGGUGCGCCUCUCCUAAGCUGGUAACUAAUACACGGCUGAGAGGGCUCGGGGUGCGAGCCAUCGGAUGUGUCAUUCCAAUCCAAGCAGAGAUGACUGACCUCUCCUUACAGACGUCUUACGUCUUCCUGGGGCUGGUGCUGGGCUUUGUGGGCAUGAUCUUUCUCUUCGUGGUCUACCUCAAUCGCAAAGGCAUGAAGAGGUGGAUUAUCGAAAUGAGAGACGCGUGUCAUGAUGUCAUGGAGGGUUAUCAUUACCGUUAUGAGAUCGACUCAGACCCCCGCUUGGGACACAUCUCGGCACACAACGACGGCGGUAGCAGAGCGCGAGAGCAUUCAGGAUUAUCUCUGUCACAGCAGCUGCCCAAUGACACUUGCAUUGUUCCUGCAGGCACACAAGUCAAAAAGAUGAGUGCACCCCCACGUGGAAACUUAAGAUCUCCCUCUGAAGCUAGAAGGAUUUAAGACAACAUGUUGUAGAUUAGGAUAUUUACUGCCAGUAGAUUCAUUUAUGUCUCUGAGCUUGUGCAUGUACUGUAGUUAUAACAAAUAAACCCUUACUUUCAAAGUGCCUUCUUGCUUGGAUAGCACUAGAACAUUUUUAUUUGUAUAGUUAUGUUACAUUUGUAAAAAAAAAUAUAAUGCAUAUACUUAAUUGGAAGCUUGGGUUUGAUGGUGAGCUUGGAAAAUGUUUCUCUUGAAAUUUAUUUUUCUGGUUAUAUGAAUUUAUCACGCUAAAAGCACGCUAAACAAACAUGAGAGCCAAUAGAAGAGCUGUAUCAUAAAUGAUGCUUUUACUUUGAUAAGAAUUUAAUAACAUGUUGAUUAUUGGGAGCAGCACGGUUGCGUAUACGUAGUAAAUCUGCCUCCCCAUCAAGAGAGCUCACGUCCCAAAAGCAUGCAUGUUUAUGUAUCGCAAAGCAAGACUAAACUGAGUGUGAAUGGUUGUUUGGCACAUUGUCUGUAUGCGCCCUGUGAUUGACUGGCGACCAGUGCAGGGUGUACCCAGCCUCUUUCCUAAAGUUAGCUAGGAUAGGCUCCAGCUCACCCUUGACCCUAAUAUGCGGUAUAGAAACUGGAUGGAUGGAUGUUUAUUAUUAUUGUCGAGUAAAUAUGCAUUGCAUCAUACUGAGAGCUGUUUUGUUUAACAACGCAAGAGGGGCAACAUUUUAAAAGCAGCAACACCACUACAAAAUACAAUGAGGGUAAUAAAGAUUACAUUAAUACCUCCCAGGCAUCUUUGUAGAGGGAAAUAUGCAGGUGUACCUAAUGAGUAUGAAGAAAAUCCUAGUUUUCUCAGUGGCAUGAUGGCAAGUAAAUGAUAGCAUAUAUCAUCAUUGUGUAGCAUAGAACUUAUUCUGUAUAUAGUGUUACGAGGCUGUUAAAGCUGCUUACAUUAAAUGUGUGUUACCCACAAAAUGAAUAAAUCUUUGCUGUUAUUUUUCUCGAGCGACUUUUAUCGUGAGCACACUUCAUUUCACAGCAGGUGAGGAGGGCUUGCUGUUUCCAUUUGAAAGUGAGGGUGAUUAAGUGCGUCCACAGUGGGGAAAAUAGGGCAGGA